AUGUCAGUUCCAGCGCGAUUGGCCCCUCGGUUGCGACCCUUGUGGUCCUCGGCUACAAGCACCCGGGCUUUCGCGAGUGCACCAAAGGCCGCCGUCGAAGAGUGGCCGCAGAGAACCCCGUUGGGACCCUACUACGAGAGCAUCCUCAAGGCGCCGCCGCCCAGGCCGAGACCUGUCGAGUUACCCAAGUCCACCGACCCUACUGUCUCGCCUGCCGACACCUCUGCGUCCUCGCCCACGCCGGCAAGCACAAGCCAAACCACGUCGAGUCCAGCAGAGCAAACGCCGGAAGAACGGGUGCGCAACAUUUUCGGCUCGCGCGUGCUCACCCCCGAGGAGAUGGCUGUCCGCCUCGCAACCAAGAAGUCACAGUCGACGUACAUCGGCGGCAUCCUCGUGCCCCCCAAACCCGAAGAGCCCGACAACUGCUGCAUGAGCGGGUGCGUCAACUGCGUGUGGGAACGGUUCCGCGAGGAGAUGGAAGAGUGGGCGCUCCAGAAUGCCACCGCGCAGAAGGCGCUUGCCGAGAGCGCCGGGUCCGUGGACGACGAUGGUGGCGGUUCAGAGUCCAACUGGACACCGAGCACCGGCCCCAAGAUCGCCAAGGACCUCUGGGCUAAGGAUGUCUUUGAGAGUGUGCCGGUGGGCAUUAGAGAGUUCAUGAAGCAAGAGAAGCGACUAAAGGAGAUGCAUGAGCGAGAGGCUUCGGCGGGCAACUAG